AUGUUCCAGCGUGCACAUGAGCCCGAGGGACUUCCUAUGCGUACUUGCACGUGUCCGAGAUACCCGAAGUCCUCAAACCCAAAAGUCACCAACAAAGUCAUCAAUCCAAAAGUCACUCAUCGAAUUCAUCAAAUCCAAACGUCAUUAACUUUAAAGUCAUCAACCUCAAAGUCAUCAUCAACUCAAAAAGCAAAGUCAUCAAAUCGUCAACCUCAAAAAGAUCAUCAACCCCAAAAGUCAUUCACCUCAACGUCAUCUCAUCAGAGUACACCAGACCCAAAAGUCAUCAAACCUCAACUCAUCAACCUCAAGGUUCAUCAACAAAGUCAUCAACCCUCAAAGUCAUCAACCUCAAAGUCAUCACCCCAAAAAGUCAUCAACCUCAAAUCAUCAUCAUCAAAAGUCACCAGACCCAAAGUCAUCAACAAAAGUCAUCAACCUCAAAAGUCAUUCAAACCUCAAAAGUCAUCAACCCCAAAAAGUCAUUCAACCUCAAAGUCAUCAACCCCAAAAGUUCAUCAACCUCAACGUCAUCUCAUCAAAGUCACCAGACCCAAAAGUCAUCAACCUCAAAGUCAUAUCAACCCCAAAAUAACCUCAAUCAUCAACCCAAAAAGUCAUCAACCCAAAAGUCAUCAACCCCAAAAAGUCAUCAACCUCAAAGUCAUCAACCCAAAAGUCAUAACCUCAAAGUCAUCAACCCCAAAAGUCAUUCAAACCGAAGUCAUCAACCCAAAAGUCAUCCAACCUCAAAGUAUCAACCCCCAAAAGUCAUCAACCUCAAAGCUCAUUUCAACCCCAAAAGUUAUCAACCUUCAAAGUCAUCAACUCAAGUCAAUCAACCUCAAAGUCAUCAACCCCAAAGUCAUCAACCUCAAGUCAUCCACCUCAAAAGUCAUCAACCCCAAAAAGUAUCAACCUCAAAAGUCAUCAACCUUCAAAGAUCUCUAUCAACCCAAAAAGUCAUCAACCUUCAAAGUCAUCAACCCCGCUCUUAACCCCCACCCAAAAGUCAAUCAACCUUCCAAAGUCAUCAACCUCAAAUCAUCAACCAAAUCAUUCACCUCAAAACGUCAUCAACCCCAAAAGUCAUCACCAAAGUCAUCAGACCCAAAAGUCAUCAACCUCAAAGUCAUCAUUCAACCUCAACGUUCAUCAACCCCAAAAGCUCAAUUCCAAACUCAGUUCAAUCAACCCAAAAUCAUCAACCUCAAGUCAAUAACAUCAACCCUAAAAGUCAUCAAACCUCAGUCAUCAACCACCUCAUCAGUCAUCAAACCCAAAAGUCAUCAACCUCCAAAGUCAUCCAAACUCAAAGUCAUCAACCCAAAAGUUCAUCCCAAAGUCAUCACACCUUCAAAAGUCAUCAACCCCCAAAAGUCAUCAACCUCAAAGUCAUCAACCUCAAAAGUCUUACCCAAAGUUCAUCAACCUCAAAGUUCAUCAACCCCAAAAGUCAUCAACCUCAAAGUCAUCAACCCCAAAAUAAGUCAUCAACGCACAAAAGUCAUCAACCUCAACGUCAUCAACCCAAAAGUCAUCAACCUCAAAUCAUCAACCUCAAAGUCAUCAACCACAAAGUCAAAACCAUCAACGUCAUCAACCCCAAAAGUCAUCAAACCUCCAAAGUCAUCAACCCUCAUCACCCCAAAAGUCAUCAACCUCAAAGUCAUCAACCAAAGUCAUCACCCAAAUCAUCACACCCAAAAGUCAUCAACCUCAGUCAUCAACUCCCACAACUCAAUCAACCUCAAAGUUUCAACAAAGUCAUCAACCCCAAAAAAGUCAUCAACCUCAAAGUCAUCAACCCCAAAAUCAUCAACCUCAAAGUCAAUCAACCCAAAAUCAUCAACCUCAAAGUCAUCAAACCCCAAAAGUCAUCAACCUCAAAGUCAUCCAACCCAAAGUCUCAAAAAAAGUCACCCUCCCAAAAGUCAUCAACCUCAAAGUCAUCAACCUCAAUCCUCAAAGUUCAUCAACCCCAAAAGUCAUCAACCUCAAAGUCAUCACCUCAAACAGUUCAUCAACCCCAAAAGCAUCAACCUCAACGUCAUCACCCCAAAAGUCAAUCAAAUCAUCCCCAAAAAGUCAUCAACCCCAAAGUCAAUCAACCUCAAAGUCAUCAACCCCAAAACUCAUCAACCUCAAGUCAUCAACCCCAAAGUCAUCAACCUCAAAUGUCAUCAACCCCAAAGUAUCACUCAAAGUCUCAACCCCAAAAUCAUCAACCUCAAGUCAUCAACCCCAAAAGUCAUCAACCCCAAAAGUCAUCAACCUCAAAGUCAUUCAACCCAAAAGUCUACAACCCCAAGUCAAUCAACUCAAAUGUCAAAACCCCAAAAGUCUCAACCUCAAAAGUCAUCAACCUCAAGUCAAAGUCAUCAACCCAAAAGUCAUCAAACCUCAAAGUCAUCAACCUCAACGUCAAUCAACCCCAAAGUCAUUCAAACCCAAAAGUCAUCAACCUCAACGUCAUCAACCCCAAAACUCAUCAAAGUCAUCACCCAACCUCAAAAGUCAUCAAAAGUCAUCAACCCAAAUCAUUCAACCUCAUCAUCAACCUCAAAAGUCAUCAACCUCCAAAGUCAUCAUCUCAUCAACCUCAAAAGUCAUCAACCUCAAAGUCAUCAAUGUUCAUUCAACGUCAUCAACCCCAAAAGUCAAAACCUCAAAGUCAUCAACCCCAAAAGUCAUCAACUCUCCAACUUCAAUCAACCCCAAAAGUCACUCUCAAAGUCAUCAACCUCAAAGUCCAUCAAACUCAAAGUCAUCAACCUCAAAGUCAUCAACCUCAAAGUCAUCAACCUCAAAAUCAUCAACCUCAAAGUCAUCAACCCCAAAAGUCAUCAACCCCAAAAGUCAUCAACCGAAGUCAUCAACCCCAAAAGUCAUCAACCCAAAAGUCAUCAACCCCAAAGUCAUUCAACCUCAAAGUCAUCAAACCCCAAAAGUCAUCAAAAAGUCAUCAACCCAAAAAGUCAUCCAACCCCAACAUCAACCCCAAAAGUCAUCAACCUCAAAGUCAUCAACCUCAAAGUCAUCAACCCCAAAAGUCAUCAACCCCAAAAGUCAUCAACCCCAAAAGCAGAUCAACCCCCAACCAUCAAAAAGUCAUCAACCAAAGUCAUCAACCCCAAAAGUCAUCAACCCCAAAAGUCAUCAACCCCAAAAGUCAUCAACCUCAAAGUCAUCAACCCCAAAAGUCAUCAACCCCAAAAGUCAUCAACCCAAAAGUUCAUCUCAACCUCAACGUUCAUCAACCCAAAAGUCAUUCAACCUCAAAGUCAUCAACCCCAAAAGUCAUCAACCUCAAAUCAAACCCCAAAAGUCAUCAACCUCAAAAGUCAUCAACCCAAAAUCAUCAACCAUCAAAGUCAUCAACCCCAAAAGUCAUCAACCUCAACUUCAUCACCCAAAAGAGUCAUCAUCAAAGUCAUCAGCCCAAGUCAUCAACCUCAACGUCAUCAACCGAAGUCAUCAACCCCAAAAGUCGCCAGGCCUUCUUCCCACGCUCGCCUCGACCGCAAACAUUAA